CGCCCACAUCCACCUGCUCCACACUCGCUUAGCUUGAUACCGCGGCAGACGGCGAACUGCUGCAGACGUAGCCUCAGCCAUGGCACUGGAUGGCGGAACAUGUCAAGAGGAUGAGAGCCGGUUCUCGAUUCUUUCCGUCGGCUUCAUACCACUGUCAGGCAAGCUGCGUCAUUUCAAGUACCGGUCAGCUGCAGUGGUGCAGAUGCUCGCUGCGUUGCAGGGAGCGAGAAUGUGACAGGAGCGAUUACGCUGUACGAUCAUCGCGAGACAGUUGCACGAACCAUGAGCAUAUGAGUCACAGAAAAUGCAGCAGAGUAGGAUCUGCGGUGCCUGCAAUUCGGAGUCGGCUGAAGCGGACGUCAGAUAUCAAGGAGCAAUGCGAGGAUUUUCGGCAUUAUUUGUCUGCAAUUCAUUAUGCAAAGUUCAUCAUGACAAAGUCACCAAUCACUGCAAGCGACGACGAGUCUAACGUUAUGCUAGUCGAGCAGGAGUCAAACAUGAAGUUGUGGCAAACUUGGAGGUUGAUUACAAGCGAUGCCAACGUCGUAGUCAUAGCGAUGGUCAACGCUAAUUCGCGCCGCUCAUAAAAUUACAGACAUUGUAUUAUUUCAAGACGGCCUCGGGUGCGCUUGCGCUCCUAUAUUCGUCAGACAAGGAUAUCCGGAGCCCGCGGAGGCUGAAGGAAACGUCUCGUCUGCCCACGGGAGACUACUAUAUUCACAUCACAGCCCCCGCAUCCAGAUUUCAUACACUGUCCAGUGCUCAGUCAUGUCCUCCAAUAGCCGCACUCUGAAGAGCCGCCCAGUCGCACGCAGACUCAGUGCAUUCGACGCGAUGACCAUUUGCACGCUGCAUUCGUGCAAGUAUAUCUUCGUCUCACUGCUCGCCAUGGGGUCUUCCAUGUUUGUGCUCUCGCAUACCGGCCGCUGCGACGCGCCCCGCUAGUGCUCGGUGUCAAUAGAGGACUCAAACACACUAGCCUGCAAGAUCUUCUCAGUAUCCGCAUUGACGAGCCAGACCAU